AGUCGCACUUAAGCGCCGAUCAAUAAUAAUUAGCAAGCAGUGCAAUAACUUAUUAGUCUCCGAUCAACUCGCACUGGCCACAACCAUCAGGAGGCAAUGAUUUGACACACGAGCCUUCCUUACUCACACCUCUUCGCAUACAUCCUCAAACAACCUUCUGAUCGACAUGACAACUUCCCUGGGCCAUCCUACUCAGGAAUGGUCCAGUUUGCAAGAUGUGUUCUACAGAAAAUCAGAAAUUUACUCCCUCUCAUGGGGAAUAGAUGAACUGUCAGAUUAUAUUGUCGCAUGUGCAAAAAAUGGUGGUCUUUUAGCAUUAGCAAGGGAUCCGAACAAGCUUGUUUCAUUGGGAAAAGCAGCUUUAUUAAAACCAAAGAUUCAUGUUUAUACAAGUGCAGGACAGUUGGUGGAAACGCUACCUUGGGAAGCUUCGGAUAGAAUCAUUGGUUUUGGCUUUACAUCGAAUGAACAAUUGGCAGUCGUCUUGGAUGAAGGAGAUGUACGACUUUAUACCCUCUUUUCGCCCUGUCCAUCUCCGCCAAGGGCUGGAUCGAAUAAUGCCACAUUUGAUGAAAUUCGACCGGUAGAAGCAACCAGUACAAGUUAUUACGUCCAAUAUUCUCUGGGACAGGAGGCUACUGAUACAGGUGUUGUGGAUGUACGAAUGUGGCCGGAAGGUUUGGUUGCACUGACUGGAGGUGGAUCUUUUGUCGAAUGGCGCUUUCCAAUUCGCAAUGCUGAUAGCGAUUUCCUAGAUGCACCUUCUCAUGCUCAAGUCUUGCCUUCUCUACCCAGUGGUGCUUCAGCUUCUGGAUCGCGGCCAUCAGCAUGGAAUGUAGUUCCACCCGAAAGCUCAUCUUCUGGAUUAACGCAGCUACUCGUCUCUCCCACGUCCUCCCCUACGGUAUUCAGCCUGGACUCGGUCAGUGGUGCGACGGAUAUGCGUCUCUCUCGUGGUCCAUUUUCAGCCAUUGCGCCUUCACCGAAUGGCAAUUUACUCGCUCUGAUGACAGCAGACAAUGUUUUGUGGGUGGUCUCAUCUGACUUUCAAAGAAGCUUGAGUGAAUUCGAUGUGAAGCAAUGCGAAGCUUUCAAGCAACCAGCAGAAGGAAACUCUAAUCUUCGACAGAUUGGAGUACGUCAAAUAGAAUGGUGCGGGAAUAAUACAGUUGCUAUCGCGUGGGAUUCUGAAAUUGUGAUGGUCGGUCCCUUCGGAGACUCAAUUCGAUACUUUUACGCUGGAGCGAUUCAAAUGGUAUCAGAACUGGAUGGCUUGCGGGUUGUUUCUUCUGAUCGGCUAGAAUUUAUACAAAAGGUCGCCGAAUCUUCUAAAUCGAUCUUCCUACCCGGAUCGACGCAUUCAUCCGCCAUCUUAUUUGAUGCAUCGGAACAAUAUGCUAAAAAGAGUGCAAAGGCAGACGAGGGUAUUCGAGCAAUACGGAAAGAUUUAUCUUUGGCCGUCGAUACAUGCCUAGAAGCUGCCAGUAUGGAGUGGGAUGUACAAUGGCAACGAAAAUUGAUGCGAGCAGCAACUUUCGGAAAAUCAUUCAUUGACGCUUUCGAUCCUAGCGUCUUGGUGGAUACUGCAAGGACGUUGAGAGUAUUGAAUGCUGCAAGAAGGUAUGAUGUCGGAGUACCCAUCACUGUGGAACAAUAUAGGGCUAUGGGAGCAGAACAGCUCAUCAAACGAUUGACAAAUCGUAAUCAUCACCUUUUAUCUCUUCAUAUCACAAACUAUUUAUUCUUGAGACCUGAUUCUGUGCUCAAGCAUUGGGCUCGUGGAAAGAUUGCACGUUCAAGACCGGGAGCAGGAGCUUUGGCACAAGGUGCAAGUGCAAACGCAGCAGAUGAUGAAACAUGUCGAGCGAUUGUAGCCAAAUUUGAGAUGCAACCUUCGGUUAGCUAUGCAGAAAUUGCAAGGACAGCUUGGAAUUCUGGAAGGCCCAGAUUGGCAACAAAGCUGAUGGACCAUGAGCCAAGAGCGGUUGAUCAAGUGCCUUUGCUUUUGACGAUGCAUGAAGAUAAGCUGGCUUUGGUGAAAGCGAUUGAAAGUGGUGAUACAGAUCUCGUAUAUCAUGUACUUCUGCGACUUAAAUCACAGCUUUCUAGAGGUGACUUUUUCAGAUUGGUACAAGCGCCAAUUGCCGAUGCAAGUGCACCGGGAUCAGGAUUGGUAGCAGCAGACGGAACAGCAAAUUCCCCUUCACCAAGCAGUCACGUUUAUCUGGCCAGUAAUUUACUGGAGAUUUAUGCUAAACAAGAAGAUGUGGAAUUGUUGAAAGAUUUCUACUUCCAAGAUGAUCGUCGGACGGAAGGAGCAUUACUUGCCUUGGAAAGAGCGGCUAAAGAGAGCGAUAUAACACAAAAAGUGCAAUACAUCAAAGAAGCACAAAAGCUAUUCGGUGAAGAGAAGGAUCGGGCGCUGGAAUCGAAAUUGUCUGAAGAGUACGUUCGUUUACUCGGUUUCCAAUCUGCUUUAGAGAAGGAAGAUGGCGGACGAACACGAUUUGUUGGAUUAAGUGUGAAUGAUACAAUUCGCACUUGUUUGAUCAAAGAUAUGCCAAAAAAGGCAGAAAAAGUACGUGGGGAUUGGAAAGUGCCUGAUAAACGAUUUUGGAAUAUUAAAAUAUCCGCUUUAAUCAGUGGUCGUGAUACCGAUGGACUUUGGGCUUUCGCCAAUUCCAAAAAGAGUCCUAUAGGCUAUCAACCUUUUAUCGCUCAAUUGAUCAAUGCAGGAUAUGUGCAAGAGUCGUUGCGAUAUGUAUCAAAAUGCGCCAGUGAUAAGACGGACAAGAGCAGACUUCGAUCUUACCUGCAAAGGAUACCUGCUCCAAUUGCUAAUCAGUUGGCUGAACAAUUGGGGGAUUCAUAGUCGCACAUCUCCUUAUCCUGUACCCGAUUAAUGAAACCAUAUACCCUUUCUUUGUUUGUCGGUGUUA